AUGGACAAAGAUUCAGAUUUUGAGGACAGGAGAAUGAACAAUUCCCGAACACGACAAAUGGCUGAUUCCCCAGCGUCGGACGAGGCAGAAGAGAAGAUUCCAAGAGUGGAAUUCGAACACACAAAUACGUCUCUUAUUGCAGAAAAGCCGGCUUUCGUCGAAAGCAACAGAGGUGACAAUUUUCCUGCCAUUCUUUACGCGGCAGAAUUCGCCUGUUUCGAGGUAUGCCAGAAACUAGUGAAGCAAGGAGAAGAUGUAAACGUGACGGAUGUAAAUGGAGACGACGUCUACCACUUCGCAUGUAAGAAUAAAACGUGCGAUUUGGAGCUGAUCGAUUUGUUCGCAAAUAACGGAGCUGAAAUUGAACGGUGGAAUGAGAAUCAGGAUGAUGCAGUCAUGGUCGCUCUGCAAAAGGGAAACGUCAAGUUUGCAGUCAAGCUGUUCGGUUUGUACGAAACCAAGCUAAGUUUACUUUGGCAUUGCAUUCCUUCAGUAACAACGAACAUGUUGAAACUCGCUUACGACCAGAACCCAUCAGUGGGGAAAGCGAAGGACAGUGACGGGUUUGACAAAGAGAUAUUGAAGCAGGCGGCAUCAUUCAAAGAUUUUGAGACAUUCGAGUUGGUCCUCCAGAUAGAAAGAGAUUUCAGCGGAGAUUUACUCAAAAGUAAAGAAUUUCGAGAGGAUAUUCUCAAGAAGGCUGCUAUCAAUGAAAACGAAGAAGCUGGCGUGAAAAUCACCGACUUCAUUUUUUCUUUUGCGAAUGACUUUGAUCAAAAAGAUUUCACCCGUCUUCUCACCGAUAUCAUGCCGAGGGGAAAGUUGAAAGUUGUCCAAAUGUUGGUUGAUCGCGGUGCCGACCUGAAAGUACGUAUGUGGCGAGAAGGAAUUUCUUAUUCCCUCUUUGAGAAGGCUGUGGACGAGAAUGAAUUGGAAGCUGCGAAAUUCGCGCACGAAAAAAACCAAGAAGAGAUUACGUCACGAAUGUUGAUCUGCGCGGCAGAAAAAAGGAACGUCGAAAUGUGCGAGUGGCUGGUUGGGAUUCUCGAAGCGCCGUUCGUUGAAAUUUUGAUACCUGCCUUUAUGUAUUUCAUAGCGCGUUAUAAACCUUUCGGCGAUGAAAUCAUUCCACAGUCUGCUCCCAAACUGCGUUCGUACAUUAAUCAAGUCGAUAGAGAAGGCAAAACUGCUCUCCAUUUGGCUGUGGACCAACACAAUCUCGAUGUUUUGGAUGCCUUGCUCGAGAUCGGCGCCGAUAUACAAGUGCAAUGUCAAUUCUACAACUUGUUGAUCUACUGCUUAAAGAAACAAUUUUUGAAUGGCGCUAAGAUCGUGUACGCAAAGGACAGAAGCCAGUUGAGAGGAUGUCACCUGAAAAUGGCGUCGGCCUUUUCAAGAGAUCACGUCACCGUAAAAAUGGAUAAUUCAGAAAACGCCGACAAAAGAGAGAGCAAUGACCGAAAACAGCCCGUGGAUCAAACCCCUGAGUCGAAUGAGAAGAUUCCAAGAGUAGAAUUCGACCCAAAAGUGCCUCUUGCUGAAAAGCUGGCUUACGUCAAUAGCAACAGAGGUGACAUUCCUGCCAUUCUUUACGCGGCAGAAUUCGCCUGUGUCGAGGUAUGCCAAGAACUCGUGAAGCAAGGAGGAGAUGUGAACGUGAGGGAUAUAGAUGGAAACGACGUCUACCACUACGCAAGCAGGAACAAAACCUGCGAUUUGGCUCUGAUCGAUUUCUUUGUUGGCAAAGGAGCUAGAAUGAAAAGAAAGAAUCAGACAUACAAUGAUGCAGUCGAGGUCGCUAUGCAACGGGGAAACGUCAAGUUUGCGACCAAGCUGUUCUAUUUGUACGGAUCCGAGUUAAGUUUUCUUGCGCAUUGUAUUCCUUCACAACAAACGGACUUGUUGAAACUCGCUUACGAUCAGGACUCGUCGGUGGUGAAAGUGAAGGACAGUGACGGGUUCGAUAAGGAGAUAUUGAAGAAGGCGGCAUUAUUAAAAGAUUUUGAGACAUUCGAGUGGGUCCUCCAGAUAGAAAGCGGAGAUUUACUCAAAAGUAAAGAAUUGCGACUGGAUAUUCUCAAGAAAGCUGCUAUCAAUGACGACGAAGAAGCUAGCGUGAAAAUCGCCAACUUCAUUUUUUCUUUUGCGAAUGAUUUUGAGCGAGAAGAUUUGACCAGUGUUCUCGUUGAUGCCAUGCCGGAUGGAAACUUGAAAGUUGUUGAAAUGUUGGUUGGUCGCGGUGCCGACAUGAAGAGCCGUUUGGUGAAAGGAGGAAUUUCUUUUUCCCUCUUUGAGAAAGCUGUAGUGAUGGAUGAAUUGGAGGCUGCGAAAUUCGCGUACGGAAAAAAUCCAGAGGAGAUUACGUCACGCAUUUUGAUCUGCGCGGCAGUGACUGGCAACGUCGAACUGUGCGAGUGGCUGGUUGGGCUUCUCGAAGCGCCGUUCAUUGAAAUGUUGAUACCUGCCUUUAUUUAUUUCAUAGCGCGCUAUAAACCUUUCGGCGAUGAUAUCAUUCCACACUCUGCUCCCAAACUGUGCUCGUGCAUUAAUCAAGUUGACAUUGAAGGCAAAACUGCUCUCCAUUUGGCUGUGGACCAACACAAUUUCGAUGCUUUCAAGGCCUUGAUUGGGAUCGGCGCCGAUAUUAAUGUGGAACAUCAAUCCAACAACUUGUUGAUCUACUGCAUGCAGAAGAAAUUUUUGGAGGGCGCUAAGAGAUUGUGUACGCAAAGGACGCAAGCCAGCAGUUAA